AUGUCUUCGAAACUUCUCUCCUCAUUCUCCCAAGACAUAGCAAAUCUCUUGGUCAAUACCGAGGAGUGUGAUGUUAUAAUUCAUGUUGGAAAGGAAGAUCCAUCGUUAUCGACCGAAUUCGACAAAGAAUUUGUGAGCGAAGGGGUAAGGACAUUCCGGGCCCACUCGUUGAUAUUGAGAGCGAGAAGUAAUUACUUCCAAACUGCUCUUUCCAAACAAUGGGCUAGGAAAGAAGGUGAUUUUAAUGUUUUGAGUCAACCUAAUGUCGCUCCUGAGAUUUUUGAGAUUAUACUAGGCUAUAUCUACAGCGGAGCGAUUGUCUUAUCUGACCGCAGUAUAAAUGAAAUUCUAGAGAUUCUCGUUGCAGCUGAUGAACUUCUACUCACCGACCUGCUGGAUUUCAUCCAAGAGUACCUAGUAGAGAUCAAAAAUGAUUGGCUUCACACCUAUAUCUUGCAGAUCUAUCAAGUCUGUUUGACUCGUGAUUCCUGUUCAAAUCUACAAGAAUUCAUUUUGGUUGCCAUCUCUUCCGAUCCCGAUUUACUUUUUAAAUCUGAACAUUUCCUGAAGAUCGAUGAGUCCUUGUUGUUGCCAGUACUGAUAAGAGACGAUUUGGACAUGGCGGAAGAUGAAGUCUGGGAUAACCUUAUUAAAUGGGGGUGCGCUCAGAAUAAUUUACUUCAUCAGUCGAUUACUCCAAUCAUUUCUGCUUCGAUUAUCUCGUCUUUUUCGAACCUGGAUGAUAUGGAUAUGGAUGGCACCGAUAAUUCGGAAAUCAGAAAUCACCUUCACAGUACCAGGAGUAGCAUCAGUAGCGUCUGCAGCAACGAUGUAAAUUACGACCUAUCGUCUUGGACAUCUGAGGAUUUUUCGAAUCUGAAAAGCACAUUACACGAGUGUAUCCCCCUGAUCAGAUUCUUCCAAAUGUCAAGCAGCGACUUGUAUGACAGAGUAUGGCCAUUUCGGUCCAUAUUGCCUCCGGAACUCGAGGAUGACAUUGUUAGAUGCCACUUGAAACUUGGAAGCAAACCAACUUUCGGUACAAACACCCCGCGAGGGAACUCUACGUUAAUGGGUCAUCAACACAUGUCGCGUAUAGCCGAUUGGAUAGAUCGCAACGAAUCCCCUAAGUAUUGUGGUGCCGAUGUCCCUUAUAAGUUCAGAUUACUUCUUCGGGGCACACGAGAUGGUUUCGACUCCAAAACAUUUCAUCGGAAGUGUGAUGACCAGGGGCCUACCUUUGUUAUAAUGAAGAUCGCAAAUUCUGGAGAGAUCAUUGGUGGGUAUAACCCCAUAAAGUGGAAAAUCGGGAAUGAACGCCUAGAUACGAGAGAAAGUUUCCUAUUUUCUUUUGGAAGUAAGAAUCGAUUGGAGGAUGCCAAGCUUAGCAGAGUGACCAGAUCCAACUAUGCUAUCUUAUUGAAAGACGAAAAUUAUGGGCCUUGCUUUGGGGAUAAAGAUCUGUGGAUGUAUGGCGAUUUUUCUGUGACGGAUAGUUGUAGUAGCAAGGAAGAUGAUUACGAGACCUGGAUUACAAAGCAUAGGAAGUUUGCUAUUUCUGAGUACGAAGUAUUCAAAAUCAUUAGGAAAUGA